CGGGCGGGGAGCGUGCCCGUGCUGGCCCGGCGACCGCCGCCGUGCUGGCCGCGCCCCUCUGGCGGGGCGGCCUUGGCGGGGGGCGCGGGAGGGUCUGCCCAUCCCACCGGCUCCGAGCGGGCUCCUGGGCGGGGUUCCGGGCCCCCUCGUGUCUGCGUCUGCGCAGGUCCCUCGCCCGCGGUGUCGGCUGCCGGCGUGAGGGGGCGCCGGCGCUCGUUCUCCGGGCCCCCUCCCUGUCAGCUCCCGGGGCCACGCGGGCGAACAGAGGGUGUGAGGAUUAGUGUGACGCCGUGCGCACGCGCGCGGGGACAGACGGGCUCUAACGCGUGACCCGGAGCCGGGCGUGCGGCCGAGCGCGCGCGACGGCGGCGCCUUCCCCCCGCGCUCGUCCCCGCGUGUCGCUUCUCUGCGUCGCCGCCAGGACAGCCUCCGCGCGCCACGUGCCGUCGCCGUGAGUCCGCGGCUGUCCGGUGACGACUGGAGCUCAGUCGCCGAGCCUCGCGGGCGGCUGCGCACCGCACGCCGGGGAGGGCUGUGCUCAUUCCCGCCUCGGGCCGUCAGACGUCAGACGUCUGUCGUCAGUGUUAGCUAUAGCUCUGUGUCUUGAGUGCUGCGUGCUAGGUACUCCUCAAGUAUUAUUUGUAGUGCCUGCAGCCCCGGAAGGUGAUGGUAUUUGGCACACUUGACAGUUAAAACUGGGCUCAGACACGUUAAAUAACUUGCAAGGCAAGAGGUAGAAAGAGUCGGAGGAAGAAUUCGGAUCUGAGCCUUGCUGCUCCCGAGCCCGGGGCUCUGGGCAGCCAGUGAGGAGUCAGGAUAAGGGUGUGGGUGGGUGCCCACGUGUGCGUGCACGCGCAGGCGCCCAGGGUUUCUGGCUGCUGGUGGGAGGACCCACCUUCGUGACUAGUACAUGGGACAGUUCAAGUAUUGCAGCGUCUCAUCUGUUUAUUUGACGUUCGAUUUUAUUUCUUCAUUAACAGUGAGGUCUUGUCCAAGAGAGUACGGGCUGAAAAGUUCAUCUAAAAGCCAACUUCUGGAAUUGUACGUCUGUUGGUAGCCAGUGGCUGAGGGUGGGGAGACUUGGAGUGCGUUUCAGCCCAGGGUAGGAGGAGCCAACCAUUCAGUAACUCUUAUCACUUAUUGUGCGCCAGGAGCUACGCCAUGGCCUUGGGGUGCAAGGCUGUGUAAGACCUAGUCUCUGUGCUCCAGGGUCUUACAGUUUGGUUGAGGCUGAGGGGCAACUGUGUUGAUAGGGCAGCCACAACCCAAAGAAAGAUGUUGAGGCAGAUAAUCCAUAACCAAGCUAUAGAUCAAAAUUGGGGUGAGUUUGUUAUGAGCCAGAUCUGAGGGCUAGCCCGGGCUCUUCCUUCCCCAAGGAAGGAAGGGCGCCAAAGUGGGGUGUGCAGAGUGAUUAAAUCCCACCGAAGAGCGUUAUCACAUGUGAUUGGAAUGUCCCUUUUACAGUAGUCGGGAGAUAGCCCAGCUGGCACAGCACUGCUGUUCACACAGCAGGCAGCGGGUCUGUUGUUUGGAGCUGAGUGAUCACAGGCUGAGCGCAGCAAUCAGUUCCUAGUGUAGGGAGAAAUGCUCAUCCUUAAGGAAAUGCCAAGUUGGGGGCAGUUGCAUCUUUAUCUUAAGGGUAUUUGUUCUUGUCUUUGGGACACAGCAAACGCUUAAAGCACAUACGUAAUACAUGCUCGAUGGCCAUGUCAAGCCCUUUUGGAAAGCAAGGUCAGGCUGAGUUAAUUUUACACCAAAUGGCCUCCUCAUGUACUCCAAUCCAUUGCUUGACCUUUGUUUAUCAAAAACCUUUCUCAAAACUUCAGUUACCAUGUCCACGGCUGGCUUUAGUAGUGUGGUAGAUGGGCUUUUGUGUGACAGUAUCAUUUCUGCCUGCCACCUGUCACUCCGGAACCACAGCCCAUUCCUUUAGAGUUCGAAUGCUUUUUAAAAAUUCAAGGAAUCCCUUUUGAUGUGAAAAUAACCCUUUAGUGUUAUAUCUUUUUUGAACUGAGAGAAUUUAACAUAAAGAGUUAACUAGGUAUAACAUUGUUAACUAGAUAUCUGAAAGGAUAAAAAGAGAUCUCUGAAAAUACCGUGGAGAUGGCAGCUGGCCAAGUAGUCACUACCCAUAGGACCGAGGAAACUAAGAAAAGUGGUGGGAAUUUUAAAACUUAGAAACUUAGAGAAAGGUCCCCAAGUACUCAAACUCAGAUCUCUAAGGAGGCAGUUGUGCUGCUCAGCUACGUGGAGGGGCUGGCGAGUGGGAAGCAGGCUCUUGAGGUGGCACUGGACAGUGGUGAUGUGUCUCUUGCAGGGGCACAGUGUGGAAGUUCGGCUACAAGUGUCGGGAAAACUGCAGACUGGAUUCAGCUGCUGCAGCAGGGGGCACUGCUGCUGCUGGGGCAACGCUCAAAGUAAUAGAAAGUGGACAGGAAGUCCCCAGGCUGCAGGAGCAAGUCCCUUCUUCCCCCUGCUGUCUUGCAGUGUCCCUUCGAGUGCCCUGACUCGUUGAGUAAGUUGUGGUCUGCAGAGUCAUGGAGAAUCACUGAAUAUUCACACAAGUUUCAUGUGCUAGGAUCAGUUGACAGCCAGGGCUGAGAGUGGGAAGUAAAGCUUUUGGGGAACAGGACAAGGGAACAAGGUGACAAGGCAAUGCUUAACAGCGUGGAGGAAUUAAACUGGCCAGCUUCCCAAUUCAGGGAGCUGGCAGGACUACCUCACUACUGCUAGAACGCAGACGCCGCCUAGGUAUUAGUAGAGGAUCCUAUUACCACCUGUCUGUCUCCCUCAGUGUAUGAUAUGAUAUGUAAACUUGGGUUUGAAGUCAGAGAACGCUGUGAUAUCAAUAGUAUUGUAACUCAGAGUGGUGAAGUGUGCUGGCAGACAAUUACAGACUGUGUGCUUUAUACAGAGUCAGCCCAGGGUCUGGAUUACCGGGGAAGCGUGAGGCUGCUGGGCCCUGUGUGUGAGGCCGUCCACUUACAUUUGUUAUCUCUGACCAGGGGGCAGUUUGAAAUUCGAUAUACACCAUGGCUCCAAUGGACAAGUUUUCCAGAGUUAUUUCCUGAAGUAUUUGACGCUUUGGAAAGUCGUCAAUCCCCUGCUAUUUCUCUCGGCUUAAUGAAGCUGACGUUAUGUCUGGAACGAACCUUGGGUGAUGUAUUUUUACUGAUUGGGAAGGAAUGCCCUUUUCUUUUAAGAGAUCUGCUUGCAUCUGAGGAGCUUGCGCAAGUCUUUGGGCAGUCUGUGGUGGACGUGCUGAAAGUCUUCAUUGGCUCCCCAUGUGGACUCAACCUGCGUAACAUCUUGUGGCAUGGAUUUGCGUCACCUCAUGAAGUUCCUCCAAAGUACUGUUCAAUGAUGAUAUUGUUGACGGCAGGAUUGGGUCAACUACUGAAGACUUACCUUCAACAAGCUAAACUUACAUUGACACAUCGACCUUUCAUAACUCUUACAAACUUAGAGGAUCUGAUUGUUUUCCCUGAUGUUUCUCAUGAGGUGCUUUCAGUAUUAGAAGAAGUGAUGAAGAAAUCCACUUUCAUAUUAAAAAUCAUGUUGCCAUAUUGGGAAGUUGCAUUAAUCAAGUUCAAGUCACAGAGGUUUGCUGACUGUGCCGUAUUGUUACUGACACAACUGGAGACUGGCCUUAGGAAAGUUUUUGCCACGGUUAACAAAUGUCCAAAAAGGCUUCUGACCGCUGAGUCAACAGCUCUUUAUACCACCUUCGAUGAAAUAUUGGCAAAACACUUGAGUGAUGGCAAAAUCAAUCAGCUUCCUCUUUUCCUUGGACAGCCUGCAAUGGAAUUUCUCUGGGAUUUCUUGAACCAUCAGGAGGGUCCUCGUAUAAGAGAUCGUUUAAGCCACGGGGAAAUCAACUUACCUGGAUUUCCAAAGGAAAUAACAGAUCAACUGCUUGCAUUUUCCGUUGUACUUCUACUGAGAUUCGUUGAUGAAGAUCUGUUAUCAGUGUUUAAGGAGAAGACAGCAGUAAGAUCCCUGACUAGUCUUGCAGAAGGCUACAGUGCUCGUUUCCAUCCAGUGUCUUGGCUGAAAAAGCAGGUGCUGGGCUGUGGGGCGAGCAUUGGGCUAUGGCCUCUGCUGCCUCUGCCCGGAGACGCUGAACGGGAAGCAGCCAGAUUAGAAGGCAAUUCUGAAACAAAUGCCUGCAACUCUUUACUUAUAAAAAUCACCUGUGAGCUGUGUCACCACGUGCCUGAGGAUCGUUGUGUUUUUGGUGACUUGGAUGAUCUUCCUACAGAGAAGCAAGUGUCAGGACAUCCUGAGAAUUGGUGGCCGCGGGUGCUCCAUGAACUCUGCAGCAUCCACAUCCCGACCCUCUUCUGUCCCAGAACCGUGCUGGAAGUGCUCGCUGUGCUCCGGAACAUCAGCACGUGCUGCUCCCGCGUGUCGGGCCAGGUCGUGGCCUCCAUGGAGCUGAGACACCAGCAGUGGGUGGAGAAGAGGCUCCGUUCCCGGCAGAGGCAGAACUUCCUGCGCAUGUUGAGUAGCAUUAAGCUUCUGUCUCCUGUGCUUUACCUGAUUUUAUUGCUGAUUGCAGUGGAAAUGGUCAACAUUCAUGAACUUCCAGGAAAAAAUGCUCACGAAUAUCAGCAGUAUCUUAAGUUCUUAAAGUCGGUCUUACAGUACACUGAGAACCUGGUGGCUUACACUAGCCAAGAGAGGAACAAGUGGGCCGAAGCUGUCAGUCUUACACACUCGGCUCUGCUGAAAAUUUGGACUUUCAGUGAGAAGAAACAAAUGUUAAUACAUUUAGCCAAGAAAUCCACAAGCAAAGUAGUCUUAUGAAAACACCUGUAAGUUAGGAUGCUUUUGGUUACAUCAGAAAACCCAACUUGAAUAGCUUUGAACAGCAUGUAAAUUGAAAAUCCAAAAGUAGGAUGGAUUCCAGGGCCUGUUUGAUGAGGGUUCAAGGUCUGUUUCUCUGCAGAUUUCUGAUUUGCGCUUCCUGAGUUGGUGUGAACCUCAGGCUGGAUUCCCUUGUGGUAACCAAAUGGCUAAAGCAGUUUUGGUCCCCUCUCCCCAUGACAUACUGUCCAGAAGGGAGAGAGCUUCUUUUCACCAACUGUUACCCAGAAAUGGGUAGCUUCACUCUUACUGGCCAUAUGCCUACUCUUGAAAUGAUGGCUGUGGUCAGGACCUUGCCCUGCACUCACUGUUCAGGCCAGUAGACGUCCACUCCUGGAUCAGCCAUCGGGGCAUGGAGGGAGCGAUUGACCAGUCCUGCCUCAUCCCUGGAGCUGAGAAUAAGGUCGAAACAAUCCAGAUCUCAUGGGAGAGAACUGGGGAUGAGCAGCUCCUGGAAGGUGUGGUGGGGAAGAUCGUGGAUGCUGGGCAGGAGGUCUUCCCAUCAGCGUUUGUCUGGGAAGGCAGAAGCCCUGGCAAGUAUCUGGAUAUGGCGGGUUUAGUACUGGAUCUGGGGGAGCUGGAACAGUGAAGGUCAGGGAUGCAGCCACUGCAGUUCAGCUUGACCAACCAAAGCAGCAAUUCUCAAGAGUUCCCUGGGCAGCCACUGCAGUUCUCCAGGAUGUCUGGGAAGCUCCCUCUGUCUUGGUUGGCGGCAGCAAAGCCGGUGGUUCUCAAGAAACCCCCGCGAGACUGUCGUGAACCCCAGUUUUGCAUAUGCAUCGGGUGUGCCCAUCCUCAGUGAAUCAUGGCCUCCCUUCAUCCUCCGCCUUCUAGUCCUCACUCACAGCCCUGCAAGGAAGGACAUCCUGCCACGUGUGCUUCUGGCUUCUCUGCUGUCAGAGAUCAGUUUAGAGCAGACCUUCAGGAGGGGCAGUGCUGUGUGACAACAGACAUUCCAGCACAUUCCAUCCAUCCCUUUGUCAACUCUACACCUGCCACCCCCUUUUAAACCAAACUUCUGGGUAAAGACAGUAGAAACAUCCUGCUCCUGCCUGAUGUGAUGCCACUUUGUCAUACAAUGGGAGACCCUGAUCCCACGUGUCAUCAUUUCCACCUCUGGGAGACGAUCUUCUGUCAUAUGGUCAUAGCCUCCCCUGGAGUUAUAGGAUUAACCAAUGUUAACCUCCUGACGUUGGUGCUACAACCAGAAAGGGAAAAAAGAAUUGACUAAUACAUACAAUUACCAAACCAGUGAAAAAAUAUGUGGAGCUUCUGUGCACCUUGCUUUUGCACCUGUGAGCUGGCACUAGUUGGUACUAAAAUUCCUUUUCCUACAA